ACAAGUCCAGACAGGGGGCACUCAUUACCCGGCAGGCACUUUUACCCGUGUUUUAAAGCAAGAUGGCAGCUGUUGUUGAGAAUGUUGUCAAACUAUUGGGAGAGCAAUACUACAGAGAUGCCUUGGAGCAGUGUCACAACUACAACGCCAGGCUGUGCGCUGAGAGGAGUGUUCGGAUGCCGUUCCUGGACUCUCAGACCGGCGUGGCUCAGAGCAACUGCUACAUCUGGAUGGAGAAGAGACACCGGGGUCCUGGCAUGGCUCCGGGUCAGCUCUACACGUACCCAGCCAGGAGGUGGAGGAAGAAACGGAGAUCUCACCCUCCAGAAGACCCGCGCCUCAUCUUCCCUCCUGUUAAGUCAGAAAUAGAUUUGGGGCUGAAGAAGGACGUCCUGCUGUCUUCGGAUGGCAGCAGCUUGGAGGCCUUGCUGAAGGGGGAACCUCUGGACAAACGGACCCCGGUGGACAUCCGGGGGUCAGAGGAAGACUCCAAUCAGAGCGACUACACCGGCAGCCUGAACCCCGCCACCCGGAUCAGAAAGAGAAUCCUCGAGCCAGACGACUUCCUGGAUGACCUGGAUGACGAAGACUACGAGGAAGACACGCCUAAAAGAAGAGGCAAAGGGAAAGGGAAGGGUCGAGGAGUGGGUAGCGGCAGGAAGAAGCUGGACACGGCAGCGUUGGAGGACAGGGACAAGCCCUACGCCUGUGACAACACUAUCAAACAAAAGCACAUUUCAAAACCUUCUGAAAGAGUCUGUGGGAAGCGCUACAAGAACCGUCCAGGCCUGAGCUACCACUACGCCCACUCCCACCUGGCCGAGGAGGAGGGCGAGGAGAAGGACGACCUGGAGAUGAACGAGCCGACCCUCCCGCUGCCCGAGGAGCCAAAAACAGCUCCCAAAAAAGGCCCAGACGGUCUUGCGUUGCCUAACAAUUACUGCGAUUUCUGCUUGGGAGACUCCAAAACCAAUCACAAGACAGGCCAAUCAGAGGAGCUGGUGUCCUGCUCGGACUGUGGACGCUCCGGCCACCCCUCCUGCCUGCAGUUUACUCCUGUAAUGAUGGCUGCUGUGAAGACGUAUCGCUGGCAGUGCAUAGAGUGCAAAUGCUGCAACAUGUGUGGUACCUCUGAAAAUGAUGAUCAGCUUCUCUUCUGUGAUGACUGCGAUCGAGGCUAUCACAUGUACUGUCUCAACCCGCCGAUGUCUGAACCUCCAGAAGGGAGCUGGAGCUGCCAUUUAUGUCUGGACCUUCUGAAAGACAAGGCGUCCAUUUACCAGAAUCAGAACGCUCCCACGUCGUGAUGGCCGCUCCGCCCUGCCCUCCACCGUCACCCACCCGUCCUGCAGCAUUACGGUGAACCCCUCAAGGUACACAAUGACCUCCUCCCUCCCCUUCACUGGGUGUCGGCGUCGGGGGUGGAGUGUGUUCUGGACACGGGAGGAACACCUGAUCAGACUGGCCUCAGUUAGCACCAGAUUAUGACUGUUACACAGUUCCGGCCUUAGAUCCAGUCUAAUGGGUUUUUAUUUUCAUCCACUCGCCAGAUUUAGCCAGUUUGGCAUCAUUUGUUUCAGAGACGCGUCAUAAAUGGCCAAACUUCCACUUUGCGUUCAGCUUUUAUACCUAAAGUUGCUAAAGCUUCGUCUCUGUCCUGUAAUGUACUGAUUUUAUGGAGUUUAAAAAGCUUGAUCAUAGUGAAAGACGAAUACAUUUUAUAAUAUUUAUAUAUUUCUAUGGUAAAGAUUAUUACGUAUGUAAAGCUUUGGGGGAAAAAAAGGAAUGAUUGCGUUUAAUAUUAGCUAUCAUAUUAGGAGAAAGGCCACAACCACAUGAUUUUUGUGGCACUGCUGAACGUUUUGAUCCACUUGAUGCGGUGAAAGGGAUUUACUUCGCCUGUAAAGGGUUCAACGUCUUCACAGCAAAAACAAACAGGAAACAGGAAGUAUAAAUAGAAUCCCUCUGAUGUUUAUCAGCGUGGCUCCACAGGCUGCGCCGCUUCAAAGAUGGCAGGUUGGACUUUUAUCUCUCGGGUCAAUCUUGGCGUGGCGUUGGCUUAUCGAGCUGCACUCGUUGUCAUGGUGACGCACUGACACGCAUGCUUCACAUUGUCAUAUUUUCGUGAUGUAGUGACUUAUUUCAAAACUUUUUCCACCUUUUGUGACAUAUUUUGUACUAUUUUAAAAAAAUCUGUUUCGAAAGGUUAAAGAGUAAAAAUAGUAGCAAUAACUUGCCUGCAUGAAUGCACACCCUUUGACCUUUUGCUCUAGUUUUAACAUCAAAUCUUGUGUGUACAUCGGCUAAGUCAGAAUUUUGUCGUAAACGACCACAAAUCUUUUUUUUUAAAAGAAAAUGACCUACCUCCAUGUGGGAGAAUGUUCUGGUCUGAUGAAGCAGCAUGUAAACUCACGAGUCAUGUGUCUAAAAGGAAGGUUUGGACCAAAAGCACUGAGGAUUUUUAGAAAAUUACGAUCUCAUAAACACCCGUUCCGUUUUGACUACAGACCUUCUGAUGUCUGAUUAAUGGCUUCCUCUCAAUCGCAUAUAUAUGGAGAAUGUUUGGCUAGUCAAGAUGUCUUUACUCCCACUGAAGAAGUCUGAAGGCAGGUUUUAGAUCAAAUGGUUUUUAGUUGGAGGGUGUGCAAACUCUUGUAACCAGGUUAUUGAAGCUUUUAUUUCUUAUUUUUUUCUAAAUUCAGUUGAGCUCCCGUCACAUUUAGAGGGGAAAAUGCUCAUGGUCUCAUUUUUUAAUGUCACAAAGACCUACUAUUGUAACUAGUGACCCAAUUCCGAUUUUUUUUAUUUAUUUUUAUUUUUUUGACGUAAUGCGAUCUGUAUCUAAUCUUUUCAUGAUCGGAUUCCUUUUGAAUGCGACCGAGGCCAAUACAUAUCCGAUUCAAAUGUGAUCUAAUGUCGCAUUCCUCCGACCUGAACGUCGCUGAUACUGGACAAAUGUCACCAUUCUGCGUCCUGAUGCUCGCAAAUGU